UUAGCCGCCGGCGAAGCGGCCCGGCCACCGCUUCUCCCGGAGCUUAGGACAUCAACAAAAGGGAGCCCGCUUCUCCCGCAUCCGUCUUUCCCGCUCUCUCUCUCACUCUCCGCCCCCCUCUUUUCUCGGAAAAAUUUCCUGCAAUUUUCUUAUAUCUUCUCUUUCCUCCACCGUCAUCUUCUUUCCUCCUCUCUCUUCCUUUUUCAGCCAAUGUUCGCCUCCCUGAUCAGAGACAACUCAUUUGAACCUACAAUGCCUCCGGGUGAUCAUUAUUCUUCCUCCAUUCUCAGAGAUUAACCAAAAUCAAUGUUUUCUAAAUCCAAAUUUGAAGAAUGAAUGCUUCAUCUUCCUUUUUGAGGUCCGAUUAACCAAAUCCCAGACGCAAUUUCCAAUCCCUCCGCAAGGCAAUCAUCCCGUCGACAGCGACGAAUGGGAAAUGAGGACAAAAAUUCCUCCAGCUGUGGCUUGCUCAUUCUCUACAACGCCUUCUUCCGCCGCCGUGCUGGAUCAGCCCCCGUCUCUCCUCGCCACCCCUCUCCUUCCCCUAUUGUCGCCAAUGCCUCCCUUUCUGGUGGAAGCAGCCAUAGUACCAAGCGGCGGCGUCCUGGCCCCGACCAAUCCCCUGCCGCCGUCACACCAAAGAUCCUAGUCUCCCCCAAGCCUGCCGCGGCCGCGUGUCCCCCAGAUCAAACCAAUCGGCCAUCCGCUGGUCGCGGCGUGCGGCCACAAACCACCAGCAGCAUAUCGGCAGAUCUCGACAGUAUGAUCUACGAUCACCAACGCGCCAAGGGGAGCAAUACCCUUGUCCGCGCUUCCUCUGGUAACGUCAUGCUUUACAGCAAUUUGGGAAACCUCCGAGCUCCCGGCGCCGUCACUCCGAACCGCGAUGUCCUCGACUAUCUCCCCAAGACGGCAAAAGAGAUGGAAUCGGAGGUGAGGCGUAGAAGUAGCUCUGAGUAUGAGGCUGAGAUUCCGGUGUCCAUGUGCCGGGCGCUUUCAAGAAGACUUGAUCCUGAAGAGCUGAAGGAGUUGGGGAACGAGGAGUAUAAGAACGGGAGGUAUGCGGAGGCCGUGGCGUUCUACGAUAGAGCGAUAGUGAUUGAUCCAGAAAAUGCUUCUUACUGGAGCAACAAAGCGGCAGCGCUAAUCGGCCUCGGCCGUCUCCUUGAAGCUUUGCAGGAGUGCAGACAGGCUAUCAGGAUUGAUCCUUGUUAUUUAAGAGCGCAUCAGCGGCUUGCCAAUCUCUAUCUCAGAUUGGGUGAACCAGAGAGAGCAGCCAAUCACUAUAAGCUAGCAAAGAGUGAAGCCAGUCAUGAAGACAUCUCUAGAGCUAAGGCUGUGCAAGUUUUCAUUGGCAAGUGCAGUGAAGCAAGGAAACAGAGGGACUGGAAUGCUGUAUUAAAAGAUAGUCAGUCUGCCAUUUCCACCGGUGCUGAUUCAGCUCCACAGGUAUUUGCCUACCAAGCGGAGGCCUUUCUGAUGCUCCUCAGACAGGAAGAUGCGGAGGAAACCAUGAUUGAUGCACCCAAAUUCGAAACUGAUGCUGCUACACAGUUCUUUGGCGCCCUUAGCAAUGCAUAUCACCUUUCAAUAAGAGCACAGGUUGAUAUGGCUACAGGAAGAUUUGAGAGUGCUGUUUCAUUAGCUCAAAUGGCUGCACGGAUUGAUCCUGGCAGCAGGGAGAUUGCUGCUAUUGCUCGAAAGGCUCGGUCAGUGGCAUCAGCUCGCUCAAUGGGUAAUGAUCUCUUCAAGGCCUCGAAUUUUGAAGAGGCAUGCCUUGCCUAUGGGAGUGGUCUUAACCAUGACCCCCAUAAUACAAUCCUACUAUGCAACCGAGCUGCUUGCCGGUCGAAACUUGGGCAAUGGGAAAAGGCCAUUGAAGAUUGCAAUGUUGUUCUUAAUUUGCGGCCCAAGUACAGCAAGGCUCGGCUAAGGAGGGCUGACUGCAAUGUCAAGUUGGAUCGGUGGGAAGAUUCUAUAAAAGAUUAUGAAGUAUUGGCUCUUGAAAUGCCGGGAGAUGAAACAGUAAACAAAGCCUUGCAGGAUGCUAAAGCGCAUGUCAGGCGAAGACAAAGUGAAGGCCUUAAACAGAUGGCAGAUGACUCUGCCGUUCAUAUCACU